AUGUGGGGGCACGUGCGACUGGCUUGUGCCGUACGGGGUGUUCUGCGGGGUGUGUGCAUAGCCCGGAUAUGGAAUGUGACCGGACUGCGAAGAGUGGAUAUUGUUCAUCUGGUGCCCAGGAGCUCCUCCGGCGCUGGGAUAUCCUGGCGGUUGGACAUGAUGCGAGCUCGGCUCUUGCUGCGAGGCGUGCGGCUGCGAGGCGUGCGGCUGGUACGUCUGAUCGUGGGGUGGAUACUGUUGGGAAUGAGGUUGGUAUGCGUACGGCUGGGGUUGGUGGGGCGGAUAUGCCGGUUCGUGGACCGGGGGAUACUGAUGCUGAUGUGGAGGGGCGGAUUGCUGGUUCGGGUAGGCGGGAGCGGAAGAGUAGUUGUUCUGGACGUUCUUGAAUGCGCCAAGGACGAACUUACCGACCUUCUUCGCGGCCAAUUUGCCCAGGUCACCCGCGACGGAGCGGUCUUCGUCCAUGCCUCGAACGGGUGGGGUCGACAGGAUUGUGUGCGUGGGGGUGAGGGGAGUGGCGAGCGAAGCAGAUUCUCGUGACAACAAGCAUUCAAAGUCCGGUGCGGGGGGAGAGCACCGGGUAGAGUAUUUGACAAGACAGCUUGCCUACGGCAAGCCCGCCUUGUUGGCAGUUGUUCGGCGCCUGCGAGUCGGCACUGAACGGCAAGUGUUGACAUGGGAUACUGAAAGGUUUUGAAGCCAGAGCUACAGUCGACAGUAUCGUCGGGCAUGUUACAGUACGGGACUGUAUUCAGUCCAUAUUAUGCACUGGACUGUAUGAUCCGUUGCCAACAGAGACGACGGCAGCGUUGAAGGUGAGGAUUUGUCGUCGAAAGGGGGCCUUGUGCUUCGCGUGCACUGCUCUCUGUACGAUCAGGGAGCGGGAUUGGCGCGCGGGGAAAAGGAGAGAAAGGAUAGUAUGAGAAGGGAAGUAGAGGGGGGGGGUGAGUGAUCCGGCGUUGCGCCUUCAGGGGUGAGAACGGGCUCCGGCUUGUGCCUUCGCAGACUAGAGUAGCGUAGAGUUGCUUGCUCGAGUUGUUUAUUGUUCUGUCUCUCGGCGUGGGGAGCUCGGACGUGGGCGUAGUACAUAUAGGUCCAUGUAAGCUUGCCGUCUGCGGGGACGGUAAGCUUACAGCCCAUGUUCUGUAAGCACGCGGGAUCUCAAUACCCAAAAAGGUGCAUGCACCUUUUUGUGCGGUGUUAUCAUAUCAAAUACGCCGUACAGUAUAUAUGCGCGUGCGCGACAGGAUUGCUAUGUCAUCUAUCCGCAUAAGAUGGCGAGGCGAAAUUCUACCGCACGGUAAAUUGGGUGCAUAUCAUACUACAGUGCCUCCUACGAUAUACAGAGCCUCCUACGAUAUAGUGCUAUAGCGUGACAUACCUCUAGCUAUGGCACUAUUGGGGGGAUGGCACUAUAUAAAGGAGGCUCAAAUACAUAUAUUUGGGGACAAAGCACACCGCUAACACAAACACAACAAAGCCUGUAUAACACAACUAAAUAACUUCAUCCUUUGAGUACUGAACCAUGCCGGAUGAUACACGUGUGAGCUUAUGAUAACCUGCCAGAGGGUGAGCCAUAGCACUAUAUAGAGGAAAGCACUACUAAAGUAGGCACUAUUGAGCCACCCCCCCCUGUAAUUGGUUUCAUACAUGAUGGACCAGAAAGGGGUGCCCCACCUUGCUGGCAUGAUGCAACCCAUCAGAUGACGGGGGCCCCACUACGUCGAUUGCAGCUCGUUUUGGGGGGGAUGCCCAACUUUGGCCCAACAGAAAAGCACUCAAACUGAGGGCCAUUCCAUUCAUCGUGAUUGGCAAUCACGCAAUCACGUCAAUAAAUGGUGCCUGCUCCCUUGUGGUUGGUUGUUUAUAUUACGUUUCCUAAAAAAUGGUCAUGCUCAUUAAAGAAAUAAACAAUCGACUUAAAA